AUGACUCAAGAGGAGGCUAGAGUGUCUCCUAAUCUCAUUCAAGGUAUGAUUAUUCUCCAAGGUCAUAAUAUUGAUGCCUUGUUUGAUUAUGGUGCCACUUAUUCGUUUGUAUCUUUGGAUUGUGUGAAUAAAUUGAAUUUGUCUGUGAGCCCUUUGCCUUAUGAUGUGCGAGUGUCUGCUCUGGCUGGAUCGACAAUUAAGACAAGUCAAGCUUGCUUGAAUCUACCUCUCAAGUUCCAGGAUAAGGAUACUAUAAUUGAUUUAGUCUGCCUACCCUUAGAAGGGAUUGAUGUUAUAAAUGGAAUGGACUGGUUGUCCUCUCAUGGUGUUGUGUUAGACUGCAACAAGAAGACUGCUACAUUCUCUAGGAAUUCUUUACUCACACUGCCACGAGGUGAGCCUGUCUUGUUUUCUACAGCUUAG